AUGACUGAUUCCAAUCACGCCCCUCCGAAGAGCCUGCGAGUGCUGAUAUCAGGUGCAGGCAUCGGCGGCCUUGUUGCGGCUUACUGGCUGGGAAAAGCCGGCGCGUCUGUGACGGUACUGGAACGGGCCGGCGAGAUACGACGAGAGGGACAUGUGAUCGGCAUCCGCAAGGAGGCCCUCCCGAUUGUGGAAAACAUGGGGCUCGGAGAGGCGCUCCGAGGACGCAAGACGGGCGAAUUGGGCCUCAGAAUCGUCGAUGGAUUCCAUAAUGCCUGGGCCUCCAUUCCGCUCAGCGAUGCUGGGUUCACCUGUCCAUUGCAAAUCCAUCGAGGCGACCUGGUUACCGCACUCUACGAGGCGACAAAGGAUAAAGCCAGCUUCAUUUAUGACGAUUCGAUCGAUACUGUUGAAGAGAUCAAUGAGACCUUGCGUGUCACCUUGACCAAUCGGAAGUCCCAAGCUCUGGAUUUCGAUGUGCUCAUGGUGGCCGAGGGUAUGAGAUCGCAUACUCGGGCCAAAAUAUUCAACAGACCUGUGCAAGAACCCAUCUUGAGUCUGGGGCUUCUCGUUGCCACGUUUUCGUUUGAGUCGGACCAAGCCUGGGCGAGCUGCUAUCACAUCCCGGACCAUCGAGCGAUUCUUGUUCGACCUGACCGACAUGGGAGGGCAUACGCGCAUGCGAUCUGUCGAGGAAGAAGCCGUAAGCCGGCGAUCGGGCCCCAGCCGUCCAAGGACCAACACCGGGCCCAGUUUUUCCAGCUCUUCCAGAAGACUGGAUGGGAGUCUGAGAAGAUCACCAAAGCUCUCGGCGAGGCCGGGGAUCUGCACAUCCAAGAGGUGGCCCAAGUGAGGUGCAAGGUGUGGUCGAAAGGCAGGACUGUCCUGCUGGGCGACUCGGCCUAUUGUCCAUCACCGAUCGGCGGAAUGGGCGCCACGGCGGCCAUCAUCGGCGGCUACAACCUGGCCGUCGAACUGAUCAAGAACCCGGCCGACCCGCAAGCUGCGUUCCGCGCCUACGAGCUCUCCUUACGCCCAUGGAUCGAUGCCAUUCAGAAACCGGCUCCCGCCAUCGCCAAGCUCGGGUUCCCAGAGACUCGCUUGGGCAUUCUUUCUCUCCACUUCCUCGUCUACCUCUACUUCGCUUCUCCGGCACGUCUCCUCUUCUUGCCCCUCAUCCUCCUCCUCAAACACUUUGGCUUCUUCAAACCAACCCGCCCUCCCCCAGUCCCAUCGCCAUCGGUAUUCGCUCAAUCUUGAAAUCGGGGAACUCACUCACCCCCCUGCAAUCGUCCUCAUGAAGCCGAUAACAUCGCCACUCCUCAAAUACUUCAUCUGGUCAAACUUGGACACAGAUUUGUUUCCUCUUUUUUUCUCCCCACUUUCUGUGCCAAAGCAAAUCC